AGUGUGUUUCUUUGGGGACCAUAGAAUUGUUAAAAUUGUCAGCACUGCGUAACUUAUCGAACCAAUGGCGUUGCGACGAAUAUCCGAACACGAAACGAGCAACGAAUCGAACCGAGCAAAGAUGAACGUUUGACGUGAAGGUGUGUCGCCAUGUUUGUAGGCUCGCGUUGAUCAUUAUUUUGUUUAUAUACAGUGACAAAGUGAUUGUGUAUUAAAUAUGGAUUGGGACGAAAACGAAAUUCUCAAAUUUAUCGAAAGUUACGAGCAACAUUGUAUUUUGUGGGAUCCGAAACACAGAAGUCACUACAACAAGAAAUUAAGAAAUAAAGCGUGGGACGAAAUUGCUGCUAUAAACAAUAAAUCGGUGGAUAAAUGCAAAAGAAAAUUGGCUUCGCUUUUAGCUACCAUGCGAAGGGAAAGAUCAAAGAUGAGGAAAAAUAUUUUAGCAGGACGAGGUUAUCGAAGUACUUGGUUCGCGUUCGAAAAAUUCAGAUUCCUAUGGGGUAAAAGCAAACUUCACGAACCAACAAAAACGGAAAUGCAGGAAACGCAAAUAGAAAACGGCAGCGUAGAAAUGACGUUAGAUAAUGAAGAAAUGAUUAUGGAUAAUCAAGAACAGGAAGUCUGUUUGGAGGACGUCGACGAAGCGCCGAUGGACAACCCCUCGGACGAAGAGAAUUCUUUCAUUCUAUCACCGGCGAUAAUUCAAAAGAAUAUACCGAAUAAAAAAUAUUCAAUUAAUAAAUCGACGUCGAAAAAAUCGAAGGAAAAUCCGACGCCGAAAUCGUUCGAUAGCAUCCUACAAGAACUGAACCAAAAAAUCGAAAUUCCGCCAUUACCCGAAGACGAAUUCGACGUUUUCGGUAAAAUGGUGGCGGUACAUUUGAGACAACUACCCCUAAACGCAGCCCUCGAAUGCCAAUCGGAGAUAUUGCAUUACAUCGUCCAAAGGAGAUUGGGUCGUAAUGCGAUGCUUUCGGAUAUAAAUAGACACUAUUCGCAAUUCGUUCCGACGCCCUGUAUAUCUCCGGUACCAUCCAACGCCUCCUAUUCCAAUUUCAUCGAAGAAACGCCCAACAACGACGCCCAACCCAUCGCGAAUCAUCACAUGACUAUCAAAAUGGAAAAUCUCAGAUAACCGCGUCGAUGUUGUAAUUUUUUUUUUCGCGGGAAAGGAAAGGAAAUUAUCCGACGCGCCUCGUAACUACUUGGAUACAAACAAUUUUUCGAUCGAUACAAAACGAAUACCGAAAUAAGGAUACAAUAAAAUUGCUUAAUUGAAA